AUCAUUGCGCUUGUUUGCCUGAGCGGGUGUGUUUGAUUCUAGUGGGCUUUGCAAAUGGUACUGAAGUUUUCGAACCCUGCCGAAUUUACAACAGCAAUGACUGGACCUAAUGCUUUGAAGAUGGAUGUAAAUAUAGUUAUGUUGGGCACAGAUAACGUUGGGAAAUCUGCGCUUACGGUCCGUUUCCUGACCAGGAGAUUUAUCGGAGAAUACGGAGAUAUCGAAUCCAUCUACAGUCAUAAUGUUAUUGUGGACGGAAAGGAGAUUGCCUUUGGUAUCUGGGACUCCCCGUAUUCGCAGGAGCGGCUCAGCGAGAGCUCGGCGCAGGAGAAGCAGACGCAGUGGGCCGACGGCUUCGUCCUGGUGUACAGCAUCUGCGACCGGGCCAGCUUCAACGCCGUGGCCAAGCUGGUCCAGCGCGUCAGGGCCGCCCGGGACUGCGCCGGCGCGGAGAGGACGCCCAUCGUCAUCGUGGGCAACAAGCGGGACCUGCACCACCGGCGGACAGUGACCAGCGAGGAGGGCCGGCUGCUGGCGCUCACCACGGACUGCCAGUUCUACGAGGUGUCGGCGGCCGAGAACUACCACGGAGUGCUGAUGGUGUUCCACGGCCUGGCCGACCGAAUCCGGGAGGCCCGGUCGGCCGCCAAGAAGCCGGCGGGCAUCAAGGGCAUCGUGAAGAGCAUGUCGGCCGUCUUCACCCGCAAGCGGACCGACUCGCUGUGAGGGGCCGGCCGCACCCGCCAGGAGGAGCAGAAGAAGAAGAAGAAGGGGGAAGACCCGCACACACACACAUACACGCACGCACACGUAAACACACACGGUCGCGCACGUGUAGGCGCGGGACCCGGUCUGGCCCGCUCCAGCCAAUCGGCCCCUUGAAGCCGCUCUCGCUCUCGCUUUGGAGCGCCGCCGGGCUCCCCCGGUUUCGUCGCCGGAGACGGAAACGGAAACCUUACGAGAGGCGGGAGGAGGGCGCGGCCACUUCUGCGAGCCAGGAGAAAGGCCUAGGUGGGGGGGGGGACGAAGAAUACUCUCCCUCCCCCCCGGUGUUCGGUUUUACCGUCAUGGCAACUGUCGAUUAACAGAACUCUGGUUGCUUAAGCUGUAAAAAGGCGAAAAGGAGACGUUUUUCUUUUAAGUUAUUCAUAGGGAACCAAUUAAGCUGCCGCCAUGCUAUCGGCUUCUGUGCUCUGUGUAUUACGAACGGACGGCGCUAUGACAACAGCCUGUACAGCGUGUUCUCUUCUGCUCUGUUUUGUGGUCCCCUACGUGGCUAAAUGCCUGCUGACAGCAAACUAAACAUAAACCUGUAUGAUGUUCAUAAAGCUGCUCCACUGUGGCUGUGUAGCCUAACGAACAUUCUGGACACCACCCAAGCCAGCAAAAUCCAAGGAGAGGACGAACACGCCAUUUUGAUAUGGUUUUUGGACUCAAUGAUUUGAUUUGAUUUGAUUUGAUUUGAUUUGGCCAUCAGUAAGCUGUCAAAAUACGGAUUCAGAAUGUUCCACGGACGUCGACGAAUGACCUCCCUCGAACCGCAGGGUUGGAGGAGGCCCGAAUAAAGGCCGCCUGUUGGGAGCGCGGCCGCGAUCCUCCACGUGCCCCCGCCCCCACGCACGGUGAGGCGGAGAAGACGCGGAGGCACGUGUGACUAGCGACGGCACCGUUUCUCACUUCAGGCGCGGGCUGCCUCCCAGCCCUCUGACGCACUCGCUCUUUAUAUAGCUUUCAGGUGCCAUCGAGGCUCCUGCUACCUGUCAGAAUAAAACCCUGCAUCUCGCCGCGUCUGUCUCCUUCAGUUUAACAGCACUCAGGAUCCGUACGCCGCACAAAAGACUUCCUGCCGGUUGUUUUUCUCUUUGUCGUGGUUCCCAGUAGCGUGAAAACUGACUGUCGAAAGAGCUUGCCUUAAAAAUAAUUACUCGCAAGAUUAGUACACCAUGCAGCUCUGACAUCUUUGUAAACUUUAGAUACGUGAAAAUUCUGAAAACAAUUUUGUUACCGUUUUGCCAUCCUUAUUUGUCACUGUUGUGAUAGGGUGAAGGCCAGCUUACUAAAGCAUAUGAAUGUCUAUAAACCUGAUGUAUUUGUACAUACUGAACUAUACUAAAUGUAAAUAUUGGUGAUAUUUGAAUUUAAAAUGUCAUGUCAUUGAAUAAAUCAGUGUGGAGUAAA